AUGCUGCGCGCACAGACGGCCUGGACGCGGAAUCGGAGGACCAAGGUGCCAAGCCACGCAGGGGGUGACGGCAAGCAGAGGGAGAGAGUCGAGACGAAGAGCGCCAGCUCCACGAUGAACUCGACGAUGGGUAUAGACCGGGAGAAAUGGAAAGAUAACGGGGAUCUCACAUCCAAGCUCAACCUCCUGUUUUAUAGUCUGAGCAUCAUGUCCGGCUUCGCUGUUGGUCUCAGGCUCUAUACCAAGACUAGUGCCCAACAAGCCCGACUGUGGUGGGACGACUGGAUAGCAGUUACUGCAUGGUUCAUAAUAUUAAUGCUCAACAUCGCCGCCGUGUUCGAGUUGCGCAACGGCGAGGGGAGACACGCGUCCGACCUCCCGGCCGAGGAGCUGUCCCAGUUCACCCUGUCCGCCAACGUGGCGGCGACCAUGGCCAUCGUGGUCACGACGCUGAGCAAGAGCGGGUUCUGCGUCACGCUCCUCGCCAGGCUGGGCGCGUGGCCCCGCGGCGGCGACGUGGACCGGGCGACGGGCGACGUCGAGGUGGCGCGCAUCAGGGCGCUCCGGGAGACCCGCGCGGCCGCCAACAGGGACGGGAAGACGACCGAGAGCGUGCUGCGCGGCAUCGUGUGGAGCGUGCUCGCCAGCAUGAACCUCGUGUCCAUGGUGGCCGGGAUCCUGCUCUGGGUCCGCUGCUCGCCCAUGGAGAAGGCUUGGCAUCCAAACGUGCGCGGGACUUGCUGGGGCGAGACUGCUAUUAUUACACCGGCGAUGGUGAACACGGCCUUCUCUGGGGCCAUGGACAUUGUCCUGUGUGUCGUGCCGAUGUACAUGCUCCGGAACACACCACUUCGGCGUGGCGAGAGAGCCGGAGUCAUGUUCUGUCUGUUACUGGGACUAGUCGCCUCGGCAACAGGCUUCCUCAAGACCACAGAGGUGCAUAUCCUGGCAGGCCCCGACGUGACUUUCGACAUCGUACCGCUGACCAUCUGGGGCUCGGCCGAGCCGAACCUGAUCCUAAUGGCCAUCUCUCUCCCCGAGGCGCGCCAUCUCUUCUGGAAGGGCAGUAUGUACGACGGGCGGGCCGCGACGCCGCAGGGCCUGCGCAACGCCAUCGACCACCCGGUCACCGGCCCAGACGACAAGGCGUACGAGGCGCAAGCGACGCAGUCUACGCGCACGAGCCGCGACGACCUCUGGGACGUACUGUCGUACUACGGUGUCGGGCAGCCGCCGUCGGCCAGGGGUGGUGUCAUGGGAAGACCUAGGGAAAGCUGGCUCGCCCGCUACGCCCACAAACCCGCGGCUCGGCCUAGGGAGGCGGGGGCACCACCAGGGCAGCCGAGCCGCAGUGCAGAGAUGCCUGCACGGGCUGAUUUGCGUAGUGGUCGCAGCGGAUAUCCACAGGGCGGACAGUUUUAGCAAGCGAUUUGAUGCAUGGGAACUGUAUUGACCCAUGAGUUCAGUGGCUGGUAGUACUGCUGCGAUAAUCCCAUCAAAAACCCGACCGUGCCGUGCAUGGGCAUAAUGGCAUGGGCAUGAUGAU